CAUCAUUCUUAUUAUUAAUUUUUUUAAUCAAUUGUCUAUUCAAUGACUUUGCUCUCUUGGAGAAAUCUUAGAAAUGGAAAUCAUUCUCAAUUUCUGUUUUGGUUGCUGAUAAAACACUGGAAAGCAAAGACUAAGCAUGCUUUUUUUUUAUUGAAAAAAUUUUCUUUUUUUAUCUGCUGUUGGUUGUUGUAUUCUAAAUAUGGAGAAAAAAAUUAAUGAUAAAACACAAGGAAAAAAGAAGUGAAGAUUAAUCAGGUUUUGACAAAAUAGAAAUUAGGCAUGAUUAACCAGCAACCAUGCUGAUAAAGUGCCAUCUUCCCUUCUUAGAUUGACUCUCCAGCAUAUGGUGUCUGGGGAAACAUAUGGUUUACUUUCUCAGUUCGAUAUGCUUGGUACAUAAGUUCUGAAAAUUGUAUGGCCUGAUUGAGCAGGCAUGCUGUAGCUGUAGAGUUCUUGCUUGAAUGUGUAUGGUUUGUCCUUUAAAAUUACAAUUGAACAUAAUAUCCUAGAUAUUAGGAUUGCCGCAGGCUUAUGUAGAUCACAGUCUGUGCAACGAUUCAAUCCUGAGUGAGAGAGUGGUUUUGUGAUUUUGAUUGUUUAGGGUGACUUUUGAUUGAGAUGUUCGAUUGAGUUGUCAGGACAAAGGGAAUGUAAAUCUAGAUCAACACUUACAGAAAAUUAAAGUUAUAUAUUGAAGUUUUUGGUUUUUAGAAUUAGAGAGGCUGAGAAAACAGAAAUCAUGCUACAAUGUACCUGGAAUGAAUAUUUGUGCUGCCUCCUUUAAGGAACCUAAAUCUGUUAUGUCUUUGGCCUGUCCAAGUUAGCAUAUAUUAGAUAAACUGUACAUUAGUAUUUAUCAAGCAGUUUAACUCUUUUUAAAUUGAAGAGUGGUAGUUCUGCAUCAUUUUUCGCAGCUUCAGCUCUUUCUUUACUUAUACUCUCACUCAUACAGCCUUCCGUGCUCCCUGUUUCAUUCUUAUUAUUAGAGCAUUGGUUGUUUGGAACAAUAGAAUAUAUGUGUUUGUGUGAGUGAGAAAGAGAAAAAGAAAGAGAAGGGUGGUAGCACUAUACCUUCCAUAUGAAGAAUUUGUUGGCUGGGAGAUUUUUUGUCAAGAGACUUUCUUUCUUUUAGUUUUUUGUCAAGAGACUUUUUUUUUUUGUCAAAAUAGAAAUUGGCAAUUAUUUUAUCUUAACCUCUAUUGGUUUUCUUUGGGGUUCUCAGGAAACAUUUCACUUGAUUCCUUGACUUGGUGGGGCUUGAUUGAUUAUGAGUUUUGAGUCAAAUGUGCUCACUGUGUAUAUCUGUUUAACUAGGCUUGAUAUUAAUAUAUGCAUAUUGUUUGAUCGUUAUAGAAUUUACUUGAAUACACCAAAAGGCAAGGGACUAGACAUUUGCAUUCUGCUGUCAUUUUCGAGGGUUGAAAACCUAGUUCUCAAGUUCUGUUCAAAUAACGUGUUUUGUGGUCCAGGUCCGCCACCUCCAACAAGUUUAGGACUAGAACUUGGGUUUUCAUCUUCUCAUGUGAGAGAUGCGGGCGGUCUCCGCUCACUUCGAACUUUGUCCCUAACUAACGUGAAUUUAUCAGAUGUGUAUGGGGAUUUAUUCUCAGAUUUUUCAUUUCCUUUGCUUGAGAAACUGACUAUAGAGUCUUGUAGAAGCAUGAAUCAGCUCGGAAUUUUCUGUGAAGACCUCAAGGAUCUACAAGUUUGCGGAAUGGAAAAAAUUUGCCUGGACAUAUCUGGAAUGGGACUAGAGAGGUUGGCUGCUGUCAAACUUCAUUUAACAAGUGUCAUCAGCAAUAGCUGCGUUAACAUUUUCGUUCCCAAUACACAAACUUUUCAAUGGGGGCCUGAUGAGGUUGCUGAGAAAGGUUUGGUACACUUCUGGCUUCCAGUGAAUGAUGCCAAAGUGAAGACUCAUACUGUAGUCGUUCUUUCCGCAUUAUCCCAAGCUGAAAAACUUACUAUAUCCUUUCAGAUUCUUGAGAGUUUAUCGAAAAUAUAUUUCGAAGGUGGUCUACCAUUUUCAUUUGUGAACCUCAAGACUUUGGAAAUUAUUACUGCUGGUUUGAGAAAAUCGGAUUUCCUGGGUAUAGCAUGCUUAUUCAAGAGCUCUCCCAUAGUCGAAGGGCUAAAAAUUGUGAUUAGUCCUAUUCAUAGACCACAGGAUGAUAAAUGGAACGACAUCUUGUUGGACAAUGCCCUCUGGAGUGAAGAGCAAUUCUGGGAAUCUCAAGCUCAAACUUUGAACUCCUUCCUUUGUCACAUUAAGAAGGUGGACUUUUCCGUUGUUACAGGCAUAGAUGAGACUGUGAUAAGUGUUGCUAGGUUUUUACUCAAACAUGGAAUAGGCUUGCAAGAAAUGAACAUUUGUCCGCAGAACUGGAAAGCCUAUCAACAAAAUCAAACUGGAUGGCAGGCUAAAUUCAAGAUAAUAGAGGAACUGCCGCGGGCAUCGGAGGAUGUUGAAAUCAAGGAUCAAGUUGACGACGAUGACGAAAGCGAGAAGAGCAACAGAAGCAGAAGCGUUGACCGCAUCAGUGACCUCCCAGAUUACGUUCUCCACCACAUCCUCUUCCUCCUACCCAUCAAAACCGUCGCCCAAACCAGCGUCUUGUCAAAACGAUGGCGUUCUAUCUGGUCCUCGUUCCCGGACCUCGACUUCACCACCCUCACUCGAACCCCCACAAAGCCACAUUCUUCUUCUUCAUCAAAAUCGCUCUCUCAGAAUUCCAAAGAAACAGACUUCAUCACGCAAGUCCUGACUCUCCGCGAUAAGCACUCCGAUAUUCGGAUCCUUCGGUUCGGUUCCCGGUUGAGCUUCUCCCGUCUCAAUGGCCUGAUCCGCCUGGCCAUCCGGCGCAAUGUGCAGGAACUGGACGUGGAGGUUGCCACAGAGGAUUAUUUCAACUUCCCUAGAUGCGUCAUCGCCAGCGACUCUCUCCGCAUUUUCAAGUUGAAAUCGCGCUACCCAGGCUUCAGAUUGCCCCCUUCAUCUGUGAUGACGAGCGGAUUCAAAUCCCUCCACUCGUUGUCGCUUUCACGCAUUGUCUUAUACAACCAGCCUUCUCUCUGCGACAUGUUCGGAGAGUCUGCUUUCCCUAUGCUCAAGAAACUGAGCUUGGACGCUUGUUUCGGGUUGAAGUACCUUCGGAUUGGGUGCAGGGCGCUUGAGGAUUUGACCCUGGAGAACUGCUUUCAGUUACAAGGGUUGGAUGUUUUGGGUGGGAAGUUGGAGAGGUUGAGAAUUGUGAGGUGUUUUGAUGCUUAUGCUGAUAAGAGUUGGGUGAAGAUUGGUGGUCCAAGACUUAGAAUUAUUCUUUGGGAAAACAAUGCUAUUACUGAUAGCUCUUCUCUGGACAAUUUGAGCUCUCUGCAAGAGGCCUCCAUUGGUUUCUUUUUGCUCCAGGAAGAUAUUAGUGUGGCCAAGCUUCAGAGUGUGUCCAACCUUUUUAUGGGACUCUAUCAUGCCCAUUGCUUGACACUUGAUACGCAAUGUAUUGAGAUUCUGUCAAACAGUAAUUACUUUGCGGUUUAUCUGCAUCCAUUCAACAAUCUCAAGUCUUUGGAGUUGCAUACGGGUUUCAACAAGAACAAUGUCCCUGGAUUGGCGUGCAUAUUCAGGAGCUCUCCCAUGCUUCACACUCUGACCCUCAAUAUUAUUAACGAUUACAAGAUUGAAAGGAGACAAUGGAAUAAGGAUUUGUGGGAAAUGUCCAAUUCUGAGGAAGAAAAAUUCUGGGAAUCGCAAACGCAAGCCUUGAGGUCGUUUUUACAAAACCUUACGGUAGUAAAGAUCCAGGGGUUUUUAGAGUGCGAGAAUGAAGUGAGUCUAGCAAAGUUCUUGCUGAAGCAUGGAAAGGCCUUGCAGGAAAUGAUUCUGUGCACAGGACACUGCAAAGCUAGAUAUUCUCUCCAGCGACAAAAGAUUAGGUCACAGAUGAUGGGAUUCUCUUGGGCUUCUUCUAAUGCCAAAAUUGCAUUUCACUAA